CGAACCCCUUCUCUAAUACAGGCUAAUUGUGGGGCUGCGUUUUGCAUUUUUUAAAUGUAUAUUUAACCUUUAUUUAACUAGGCAAGUCAGUUAAUAACUAAUUCUGGGCCAAUUGUGCGCCGUCCUAUCGGACUACCAUUCACGGCCGGAUUUGAUACAGCCUGGUUUCGACUCAGGUACUGUAGUGACGCCUCUUGCAAUGAGAUGUAGUGCCUUAGACGGCUGCGCCACUCCGGAGCCCUGCAAUUUAGGUGGGUGGGUCCUUGAUUAUGUAACCCCACCAUGCAUAAUUUAGUAGGUUAUUUUAUAAAGGUGUCAAAUGGGCAAGUUCUUUUCCUUCUGGUGAAAGAUUAACUCCAAAGCCCAAUAGCUAUUUUUUCGUCUAAAUUCAGAGAGAACUAUUCUUUCUUUCAACAACUGGUAUCUUUUAGACCUAUUCCCCCCAAUGUAUUUAUAAAUACGCUUCUUCUUUAUUUGAUAAUCGAACAUGGCUCACGUGAAGAAUGGGAACAUCCAAAAGAUGGACCCAGAGGAUCCCUGUCUCCUGGUACCUGAUAAGAUGAAAUCCCAGAUGGAUUUAGAGACUGCGUUGCAGGAUAGUGCCAAAGCCCUUGACCUCUUCCUCAACAACCGGUUCUCAGACGCCUUGGAUCUUCUCAGACCCUGGAGGAGCCAGAGUAUGUACCACGCUGUGGGCUACAGCAGCAUGCUAUCCAUGCAGGCGGGCAUGACCUUUGAACCCAAGGAUGUUGAAAAGGCCAUGACUGCUCUGAAGGAGUCUCUGCAGACGUGCCAGAUGUUCCGGAAGAAGACUACCAUGGUGGAGGCCAUCACUGAGAUGUUUUACAAGCAGCCAGCUGUCGACUUAACUGAAGAGGAGAUGCAUGCAGAGUUGUGCUAUGCUGAGACGCUAUUGCAGAAGGCUGUACUCACUUUUCUGGACGAGAGCAUGAUCAGCUUCAUCAAAGGAGGCAUGAAGAUCCGCAACAGCUUUCUGAUCUACAAGGAAUGUGAUGUUAUGUCAACCAUGGCAAAGAACCAGUCUGACCAGAUGAGCACACAAACUCACUUCAGGAGCGGUGUGAACAUGGGCAUUGGUUCAUUUAACUUGUAUUUGUCUCUCUUGCCGAGCAAGGUCCUCAGACUACUGGAGUGGAUGGGUUUCUCUGGAGACCGGGAAGUGGGUCUGUCCCAGCUGAGGGAGGGGGCAGCCAGCAACAGCCUGCGCUCCAUCCUCAGCACCCUGUGCCUCCUGAUGUACCACCUCUAUAUCAGCGUCAUACUGGGUACUGGUGAGGCAAACCUGGAAGAGUCUGAUGUUCUUCUGAAGCCCUACAUUGAAAAGUUCCCCCAUGGGGCCCUCAUUCUCUUCUACCAGGCCAGGAUUGCUCUGCUCAAGGGUAACUUUGAAUUUGCCCAGAAGAAGUUCCUGGAGUGCAUAGCUGCACAGCAGGAGUGGCGUCAGAUCCACCAUCUGUGUUACUGGGAGCUUAUGUGGUCCUACUCCUUCCAGCAGGACUGGCUGGAGGCAUACCAGUAUGCAGACCUUCUCUGCAAAGAGAGCAAGUGGUCCCAGGCUGUAUACGUGUUCCAGAAAGCUUCCAUCCUCAGCAUGAUGCCAGAGGAGGAGGUGAAGAAAACUGGGGAGAAUGUGGAACAGUUGUUCAGGCAAGUGGAGAGCCUGCGUCUGCGGAUUGCAGGGAAGUCUAUCCCAACGGAGAAGUUCACCGCGAAGAAGGCUCAGCGGUACAGCGCCGCAACCCCAGUGACGCUGGUGAUUCCUGCCGUGGAAAUGAUAUACGUUUGGAAUGGCUUCACCAUCGUUGGCAAAAGGCCUGAACUGACGGAGAGCAUUCUGGUCACUAUCGAGAAAGCAGAGGAGCAACUGAAGAAUGACCCAAAUCCAUCAGAGUACCACGUGGAUGACCAGUGCAUGGUCCAGAUGCUGAAGGGGCUGUGUCUGCGACACCUGGGCCAUCUGGACCAGGCCCAACUCUGCUUUACACACGUCAUCUCCAGUGAAAACAGGAUCAAGCAUGACUGCUACCUGGUGCCAUACAGCAUGUAUGAACUGGGUCUUCUCUACAAGCAGCAAGGAGACUUGGGGAAGGCUACCACCACCAUAGAAAAUGCCAAGCUGAACUACAAGGGUUAUAGCAUGGAGUCGAGGCUACACUUCCGUAUCCAUGCUGCCCUUAACACAAUGGGGACCUCGGUGGCCAAACUUCCACCCCACCGCACGUCAGCUUGAGGUCGUGAAGGUCAAAGGCACCACUGCCAACGAGGAAUUGCUGAAUAUCUUGGUUCCAUUCUACCUUGAUAUGGAGGUGUACAGACUUGAAAGAGUCUUGAUUAUAGUACACGUAGAAAAAGCCUGCACUUAAAAUGUAAACGUUGCAAUAUGACAAUUUUGAGUCUUUUCUGUAGGGCCGACUCAUGACUAGAGAUUUGAGUAUAUAACUCAUUUUAAGCACAAAUCUUCCAUUGUAAUUGAUGCAUGAUUUACAAGAAACAUGUGAGCUACACACUUGGAUCUUAAGUUAGGAUAUGGCCUAAAUGUUUUGGGUUUAGCCUUUUGAUAUGAGUCUGUAAAGACAUGUACCUGUACGGUUUCUGUUCUCUUAUACUUAUGUUCUAUACACAUUAUGCUGUUAUACAUUCUGCUCUGUUUAAUUUUCUGCUAAUUUUAACCAAUUUACAUUUGAACACAUGGUUCUUUAUUAUCCACGUAUGAAGGUGCACUGGAAAUGCGAAGUUUUACCUGUAAUUGUACGAAGUGAUUACUCAAAAUAUUUUUGACAAAUAAACUGUUGGAAUGGA